AGGGCCGCAGCGGCAACGUGCGCCUCGGCCAGUCAGUCUGUUCCGAGGGCGAACUGUGCGACGACGUGUUUUGAGUGCGGUGCGAUCCCGUGCCGACCUGAUUCCCAGCGACCACAAGAAUUCACCCGCGGGCGAGCCGCUGGCGUGUCUGCUGUGCAGUGACUAGUGAGGCCGUGUGUGGCGGCCAGUGCUUGCGCUCAGUAGUGUCGCGGGCGCCACUGCGUCCACUUGGAUGUAGACGACCUUCCUCCUGUCGCAACGGCGAUCCUGCACGCUCGGACUCACGAGUGCGUCGGUCAUUAAUCAGUUGCAUGUUAGCUCGAGUACCGCCGCGGAUUUCGGCGGACAAGGCGUAUAUUUCCGAUUGUUGUUCUCCCGAUUAACGUUUAUCCGGUGACACGAUUGCAUGCUCGAAUAUUAAUUCGCGGUUCGUGGAAAGCGGCGAUUUGGACUGUCGCGUGACCUGGCGGGCAGUUCGCAUUGUAGGACCAGCCUGGCCGGUCCGUGUUGAUUGCGGCCGCCGAGCGUCCUUGCCUCGUUUCGUCUUUACAUAACAAGCACACGAACAUUUCGGAUUUCCUGCCGCCAACUGCCCUCCGCCAACCCCUGCCCGCGGCUAACAUGCUCAUUAUAUGGAAAACACUUUCAUUUAGUAAUUAGCGAAACAAGGACUCGGGCAAGAGGCCAGCUCGACGAGAAUUAAUUACGCAUCCUUCAGGUAUGUCAAGUGGCAGCGGAGAGGAGCUGCUCGGCAACAUAUGGGCCGCAAGCCUACCGCGCUCCGGCGAGCCGACUGCUAAACGAGGGUCCUUGUGCUAGGCUAAAGGCGAUCGAGUGGAAAAUUAAAUAUUUAUCAUCUUCGCUGGGACUCUAGACCGAACCCUCUGAAAAUGCUGCGUAAUUUUUCAACGGGCCCACCGCUGGCGAGUGCCGUUUCCUGAACCGUUACUGCAAGUAGGGACUAAGUAUUAUUCCUUAAUUCCCUGGUAAGCGGCCGCCCCCGUCCCGAGCUCCGGGCCCCCGCUUCCGCCUCUCGACCUUCCUUUGUUCGCUCGCCCACCACCCCACCCACCGCGUCGGCGGUCGUUCAGUUCUCUGUUUGCUUAGUGGAACUUUCCGUGCCCCAAGAAAAGAAUUGUAUGCAAAGUGGCCACAGUAGCGCUGACAAAAGAAAUAUAAUAACAAAAGUAAAAUCGGAAAGACGCAAGUUUCCCAGCCGGGGCACCCUUGGAUGACGAUGCAAUUUGGAAAGUGAAAGAUUUCCCGAUUUUAUUGUAUUUUUAUUGUUAUAGCGACGAAAGAGGUUACCUGGCCGGUGGCUGGUGUAGGAAGUGGUUUCGCUCCUUGAGCGCUCCUUGCAGAAUAAAUUAACCCACAAAGGUGAAAAAUUACGGUUGAGGCCAGAGUGCUUGUGAAUGUGCUUUAUACAAAGUUAAUUAAAAGUUUGUGUGUUCGCGAGCAGAGUCCAAGAAUCAGCGCCAAGAUGGAACUGUGGAUAAGGGCAUUGUUGAUGCUCGUGUUCUUGAAAGAGUGCACUUACAGCUUGAGAUUGAUUGAGGUCAGGAUACCAAAACAUAUCGUUAAGGGUAGCACGGCUACCUUGGAAUGCUAUUACAACUUGGACGGAGAGGCGUUAUACUCGGUGAAAUGGUAUAAGGACGGCAACGAAUUCUAUCGAUACGUGCCCAGAGAUAUGCCACCUGCACAAAUAUUCCUUCUGCCGGGCGUGUCUGUUGAUCUUCAUAAUUCCAGUGAUGUACUAGUGACCUUGAAGAAUGUCAAUUUAGCGAGCACUGGGCGAUUCAGGUGUGAAGUCUCCGCUGAAGCGCCAUCGUUCCAGACCGUGUCAGACCAUGGAGAUAUGAUUGUUGUCUCUCUACCGGAUAAAGGGCCAAGCAUAUCAGGAGGAAGAGCGCGGUAUCAAAUCGGAGACACUGUUCGCGUCAAUUGCACUUCGGGAAGAUCCAAGCCUGCGGUUUCCUUAAGCUGGUAUGUAAAUGGUGAGCCAGCAGAAACUCAUAUGCUUCGCAAUUAUGAAAACAAAGUAACUGGUCGAGAAGGAUUAGAGACGUCUAUUCUGGGACUGGAGUUUCGUGUGGAGCAGCAUCAUUUUAGGAACGGUGACAUGAAAUUGAAGUGUGUUGCACGACUGUCGUCAAUAUAUUGGCGCAGUAAUGAAGAAAGUGUUGAGGGCGAUAAACCGGUCAAAGCUCCUGUUCUUGAGUCCAGGGAGACGUUCUCCUUCGACUCACGAGCAGAUCCUGUUCAAGCAAGCAAUUCAAGGAUAAUUGCGCCAAACGUCGCUGCAACUGUAAUGUGCGCGUAUUUCAGCAUAAUAUUCGGGAUCCUGGUGCACAGGUCGCUCACAACACUCCCGGAUAGAGCGAGCCUGCACAGGUAGCUAUUUAUUCAACAAGAGCCAAAGCCAUAAAGCCGCGAGGUUUAAAAGUGUGGAUUUCGAGUCGCCUAUGAAACUGUACCUAUUAUACGUUACGUUAGAUAAGAUAAAUUUAGAGUAGUAGGGCAAGGUGAAAUUCGUGUAUGAUAUGGAGAAAGCAGUGUACUGUUGCCCAGCUGACUUGAAAUUAUUGUAUGUAUGCAUUUUACAAUAGAAUUUAAACAGAUUCAUGAAUCAAGGAGGUAACAUUUCAUCAAUGAAUAUUCUGUAUCGUUCCCCCACAGACUUGUAGACGAAACAUAUCGAAAUCUAUUGCCAAAGAGAUUUAUAGAGUUACGAAGAAGUAAGAGUAAAUUUAAAGUAAAUAUAAACUAAGUAAGCAUUAGUACGUCCCAUUUGACUCCGCAGCUUCGCUCCGCCAGCUGCACUUGCAGGCAUUCGACCACUCAUGUGAGAACCAUAAAUCCAUCAAUGCCUACUAUCUCAAAAUGAAUUGAAGCCCCCAGCGUUUAUUUGAUUCUCCGUUUUUCCACACACUGCCACCAUCACGUUUGCCGGAGCCGUUGUCCCCGCUCCUUUUUCCAGGCAAUGGCAAUGGCAAUGCGAAAAUGAUGAUACCUCUGGGAGUACGCAGUACGUUUUCCGUGAAGGGGCAGUACGUAGAGCAAAUUUCAUUUGCAAUUUAACUUUGUCUGUCCCUCGUCCGAGGUGGUUAAGCUCUCCUACGUAGCGAUGGCUGUUGUAUUUUUAUUUGAAGAAAAUAACCUUUUUUUGCUGGACAAUAACCUCAAAUUUGUAAUAAGAAUUUAUUUUGAGCGGAUUACUUUCAUUUGGAGCGCCUUAGGGUUUGGUGAACUACUUAGAAUGGGCGAGCAGUCAGGAUGCUCCGUUCUCUUGUUUUCUUAAUACGAUUAGAUGGUAGUCGUGAAAGGACGUAUCAUUGAUGCUGGAAAGCCGUAUCGCUGAGACAAGUUCAAUGGAAAUAAAUGUGCAGCAUUUUCAUGGUAACACGAGCUGAAAGAUCGAGGCCUAAAGGAAAAUCAGAAGACCAUUUUUUUGCCAGAUUCUUCAAGUCUUCGUCUCAAACUGAUUCGAAAACUUUUGCCGGCAAUUGAAUUGUACAAACUCUUUUUCAGAACUAAAGUUUGAAUGGGUUAUAAUCAUUCAUGAAUACAAAAUGGCCAAUUUACCCAGCAUUUAUGGCUAUUCACUAGAUGAUUUCAUUCUCCAUCCGGGGGAGGUAUUAUUUUCGCAUUUGCUCGGAGAGCUAUUAUUCCGUAUUAUUGUAAGAGUUACACUAGUGAAUGAAAGGGUAUUAGGAUGGGCUUUUGUAUUAUUCUCAGCAAAUACAGACUAUGCAAAUUGGAGAAUUCCACUAUUUACUGAGCAAGAAUGAAAGACCAGAUAACUAAGUCAGCCUCUCAAAGAAGAAGGAAACUUGAGGACGAAGUGAUAGCAGCAACCACUAGAUACUAUUUUCAACUCGUUCCCAGUUUGGAAUGUCUUAAUCCUCUCUCACAUAACUGGUGAUGCAUUCAAUCAAGGUAUGCAAGCAGAGGAAGUCCACUAAAACAUUUUCACAUUUACCAGAAUAUAAUAACCGAGUUUUGCCUAAUGAGAUACGUUUUCUACUUGAUGUUGGUUAUUGUUGGCUAAACGACUCAAAACAUCGAUAGCCAUGUAUUAAUAAGGAAAUAAAAUCUAAUUUACGGAAUAUAUUAUUACUCAGAAUCACGUCCUGUGAGGAUGAGCAAUUUGAGCGAUGUAUCUAAAAUUAUUGGGCCUUUGAGGGAAAACAUGGAUGAUCCCGAGAUGUAACUAGACUGGACAAUGUCAUAUUAUGGAAGCAUAGACUUAUGAUUGUAUUGGCAUCAACUUAGGUAUGAAUACUCGAAUUCGAAAGAAAACUAAUCGUAAUCGUGGCUACGACGAAUAGAUGGGGGAUGGAAGUUAGUUUUGAGAGAAAAGCUCAUAUUCCGAAAGCGAAGGAUUUCAAUGUAAUUCUAUUUUCUUCAUCCAACGCAUCUCAGGGAAAACGAGAACAAUUCAUUAGAAUCCGUGAAUGCCAACAUAUAGCUCUUAAUGAUACUGAUUUAGUAGGUCAUGCCAUAUUCCUUGUAUAGUAACUGGAGCGCUGUAGCAUCUUUUCAAUCUUUUUCUGAUGAACAUUCGAUAUGUAGUUGCACG